AUGUCUAUUCCCGGAAAAUUCAUGAUCAUUGUCGGCGGAAAGCCCGUCGCCAAUCCUCGAGACAACGGCGAGCCCAUGAUACAAGCCCAGCCUGGCGACCCUGCUGCCAUCUUUGAGUUUCGAGACGGUCGUUUAUUCUCUGGCGAAUGGGCUCUGGGCCGUCUCAACUAUGAGGAUCGAUCCAUGAUGCCCAAGCGCGUCUUAUGGCGCAAGAGAGAGGAGGUCAAUGACCUUCAACCCGUUCAAUUCCAGGAGGACGGUGGCCCCCCUGAGCUCAAGUUCUCAGGUAUGCUUCAUCAUACGGUGACCUCAGCGGUUUCGAGAUUGACAACAAGUGAUAGGUUCUGGUCUGGCAUUUUUCGACAACAAGCUUUAUUCACCCAUCAUUGA